GAAAAGAGCUAGGGAAGUGGGUGUGUAGAGACCGUAUACUAAAUAAAGGCACACGUAUACAAAGGGCUCACUCACUAGCUGGUCUCUCAUCCUGCACAAUGUUCCCCUGCUCCUUGUGUCAGGGGCUGAUCCUUCUUCACAUAUCUGGGACUUUGUCAGCAAAACUGCACUAUGCUGUCAUCUUCCCCUCGGAGAUUAUCUCCCAUCAUCCGGAGAGCAUCUGUUUACACCUGGAGGGAGCUCAGGGAGAGAGCAGGGUGCAGAUAUCUCUAAACCUGGAUAAUGAGAAUACAUCACUCAUAGACAGGGCCUUCCAGCCGGGCUCUGCAUUCACCUGCUUACCACUCAAGGUUCCUGAUCCUAAGGAGAAGGAGGCGGUUGGCACCCUGGGGCUCUCCAUUCAAAGUACAGGGGAAAUCAUAACCGAAAACAGUAAAGUUCUUGUGAAGAAGAAAAGAUCUGCUGUUCUAGUCCAGACAGACAAGGCUGUGUAUAAACCAGGACAAACUGUGAGAUUCAGAAUUCUGUCCCUUGAUGAAGAUUUAAAACCCAAUAACAUUUUGUUCCCAGUGGUAGAAUUACAGGAUCCACAAAAGAACCGAAUUGGUCAGUGGCUGAAUGUGAGCCUCAAUCAGGGAAUUGCUGAGCUCUCCCUUCCUCUCUCCUCUGAGCCCCAGCUGGGGGAAUAUUCCAUAAGGGUAAAGAACACUGUGCAAGCCUUCAAUGUAGAGGAAUACGUGCUUCCAAAAUUUGAAGUUACCCUACAGUUCCCCAAGUUUGUUAGAUUUGACAGCGACAAGUUCACAGCUAAAAUCUGUGGCAGAUACACAUUUGGAAAGCCAGUUCAAGGAGAGUAUAAGGUUACCGUGUGUCAAAAGCUUAAGAGAUAUCAUUCGAUAGGAAGACAGCUUUCUGGUCAUUGCGCUGAUUUCAGUGGAAAGUUGGAUAAAUCAGGAUGUCAUGUCGUAGAAAUUAAGACUGAGGUCUUUAGACUGAAAAGCACUUAUAUGGAUAAAAGCUUGAAAGGAUCGGCCUCUAUAACAGAGGAAGGGACAGGAAUUGAGUUACAAACUGACAGUGAAACUAAAGUGUGUUCUGUAAUCAACAAGCUGUCUUUUGUUAAUUCCGAUAAUAUAUACAAGCCUGGGAUCCCAUACAGCGGACUGGUUAAGGUGUUGGAUGGUAAUGAUAAUCCUGUACCAGGCAUCAAUGUUUAUCUUCUAAGCAGAGGUGUUCCGAUCUAUCCUAUCUAUGAAACCUUACUGACCAAUGAAAAUGGUGAAGCUUCCUUUACACUGAACACAACCAUAUGGAAGGGUCCCGUAUCACUGUCGGCAAAAACCAAACUGGAGAACCCCCCAUAUAUUCCUGGCAUAAUUAAGGCAAAUUAUGGUUAUGCCAAACUGUUACUAAAACCCUUCUAUUCUCGAACCAAAAGUUUUGUGAAACUCCGCUCACUGGAUAGAGUUCUCCCAUGUGAGGGACACAUAGCUGUCCUUGUGGAAUAUAUCAUUGCACACUCAGAGCUAGAAAAGGAGAUCCAGUACAUAGAUCUACAUUACUUGGUGACUUCCAAAGGCUAUAUACAAGACUCUGGCUCUUUACAAAUCAACACUGAAAAUAGUAAUGAAGACCUUCGUGGUCAGACUACCUUACGGCUGCCUCUGAGUGCAGGGACGUCUUCGACUCUUCAAGUAAUUCUGUACAUGUUACUGCCUAAUGGAGAUAUAGUAGCAGAUUCUGCAAAAUUUAACAUCCAAAGAUGUCUCAAACAUAAAGUAUCAGUCGGGUUCUCUCCAGAUGAAGUUCUCCCAGGAUCAGAUGUUUCACUCCGUGUUCAGGCAGCUCCAGGAUCUCUCUGUGGCCUGAGGGUGGUGGAUCAGAGUGUGGUUCUAAUGAAACCAGAGAAAGAGCUGACUGCUGAUAAAGUUUAUGAUCUCUUCCCGUCUGGGUAUUCUGGAGAAUAUGAUUAUCGUAUCCGGGAUUAUAAAGGCCCAUGUGAAUUCGAUCACCUAUGGCACCUUGAUGUCCCCAGUGCAGAUGUAUAUAGCUUAUUUAAGCAAGUGCAAUUAAAAAUAAUAACAAGUGCUGACAUUAAGAAGCCUGAGAAAUGUAAUUAUGGAAUGUAUAGAUUUGGAGUGUAUUCUGAGAGAGCAGAUGAUGAUUUUGUUGGAAGUAGAUUAUUCGAAAGUACAAACAAAGAUAAUAUAGUGCCAGCAUUGUCACCAGUGCCACAAAAAGUGGAAAAAGUGAGGACAUAUUUCCCUGAAACCUGGAUUUGGGAACUAAUCGCUGUAGGAGACUCUGGCAGUGCUGAGCUCCACCACAAGGCCCCAGACACCAUCACAGACUGGAAUGCAGGAGCCCUAUGUAUGGGCCCCAGUGGAUUUGGACUCUCUCCUUCUUGGUCACUGCGAGUUUUCCAGCCAUUCUUUGUAGAUCUCACUCUCCCCUAUGCUGUGGUACGAGGAGAGACAUUCACCCUCAAAGCCUCUGUCUUUAGCUAUCUGAGGCAAUGCAUAAAGGUACAGAUCACCCUGCAGCCUACCCAAGAGUUACAGCAGGCACCAUGUGCAGACUGUCAGUACAGCAGCUGCUUGUGUGCCGACGAGAGCAAAACCUUCUACUGGAACCUGAAAGCUUCUAAGCUGGGAAAGGUGAACAUCACGGUGAGGACAGAGGCUGUGGACACAAAAGAGUUUUGCCAAAAUGAGAUAACGGUCGUCCCUAAGCAAGGCAGCACUGACACAGUCACUAAGCCCUUACUUGUGCAGCCUGGAGGUGUCCUGGAGGAAAAGUCCCACAGCUCUCUUCUUUGCAUCCAAGAGGGAGAAGGUAACUCUAUAACAGAGAGAAUUGCUCUAGAUGUUCCUGCUAACAUUCUGGAGGAUUCUGAAAGAGCUCAUGUGACAGUGUUGGGAGAUCUGAUGGGUACAGCCAUGCAGAACCUGGACCGGCUCCUAGCCAUGCCAUAUGGAUGUGGAGAGCAGAACAUGGUUCUGUUUGCCCCUAAUAUCUUUAUUCUACAGUAUCUGGAGAAGACUCAUCAACUGAACAAUGAAAUCCAAAGCAAAGCCAUCAAGUUCCUUGAAAGUGGCUAUCAGAGACAGCUGACAUACAAACGUGAUGAUGGGUCAUACAGUGCUUUUGGAAAGAGGGACCCAGAAGGAAACACUUGGCUGACUGCAUUUGUAGUGAAGUCCUUCAGCAAAGCGCGACCUUAUAUAUUUAUAGACGAGAGCCACCUGAAUCACUCCAUCACCUGGCUGAAAAAUAACCGGCGAGAAUCCGGCUGCUUCCGCAGUGUGGGGAGGCUGUUCAAUAAUGCUAUGAAGGGAGGAGUGGAAGAUGAAACCUCACUCUCUGCUUAUGUAACAAUAGGUCUACUGGAGGCUGGCGUAUCUCUGCAGGAUCCUCUGGUUAGGGACGCUGUCUCCUGCCUGCGGAAGGCUGCUGUGGAUGUGAGCAGUGUAUACACCCAGGCUCUUCUGGCCUACACCUUCACUUUGUGCGGAGAGACAGAGCUCAGGAAAACAAUGAUGGAUAAACUGGAGGCAAAGGUUGUGCGAGGCGAUGGGCAGUUGCACUGGAAAAGAGAAUCUACUGCUUCCUCUGAUGUUCCGUACUGGUACCGAGCACCAUCCGCAGAGGUGGAGCUAACGGCUUAUAUGCUACUUGCUUACACCUCAGGCUCCACGAAGGACCUGGGAAUAGCUUCAAAGAUCGUUGAUUGGUUAAGCAAACAGCAGAACCCAUACGGAGGAUACUCAUCCACACAGGAUACGGUUGUGGCCCUUCAGGCCCUGUCCAGCUAUGCUGAGUACACAUAUAGUGAUAAGGGGGAUGUGACAGUAACAGUCACUUCUACGUCAGGAUUUCUGGAGCAGUUCCAUGUGGAUAACAAUAACCGGCUGCUGCUCCAGAGAGCGUCACUGCCAGCCAUCCCCGGAGAGUACACAGUGACCUCUACAGGGAGUGGUUGCGUCUUCGUGCAGGCAGUCCUGAGAUACAACAUUCCUCCACCCAACAUUGAUGCCACCUUUUCAUUAAGUGUGAAAUCAAUUUCAAGAAAAGAAUGUCUGACUGAUUCAGUGACAAGUUUUGAUAUACUUAUCAAUACUAAGUACAGAGGUUCCCGGUCACAUUCCAACAUGGCUGUUAUUGAGAUAAAGAUGCUGUCUGGAUACAUCCCAGUGAGGAGCUCAGUAGCGCAGCUGGAGACAGAAAAAGUCAUACAAAGGAGCGACAUCCAGAAUGACGCGGUGACAUUGUACCUAAAUGAGGUAGGAAGUAGCCCCCAACUCUUCACAUUUGGGGUUACACAGGAUAUUAAAGUUAAGGAUCUAAAACCAGCAACCGUGAAAGUGUAUGAUUACUAUGAGACAGAUGAACAAGCAAUAGCAGAGUACAGCCACCCUUGCAGUACUGCUGACUAACUGUUCGUUACCAUCAUCAGUUUUCUGAUGCACAAAGGCCUGACUGUAUGAGUACCCGAGACCCAGCACUGCGAACUCUAUACUCUGAUACACAGUCACUAUAGCAAGAACCAAGAAACAAUAAAAUACCAUUUGCAGCAUGUCUAACAGUUUCUCUAUGCUUUCCCACCCCCACCCCCUCUCUGUUCCUUCUUUAUAAUGCUGAAGGCAUAAGCUUUAGAUGCAGCAGAGUCUGCAUAUGGAUGCAAGAAUAUACAUUUUUUGUUCUGUAUGGAAAAAUUGUAUUUUGUGUUAAAAAAUAACAACAGAAAUAUAACUUUAACUCUA